AUGCUUCCCAGCUCACUUUUACAUUUUAGCAGCAAGCACAAGAACAAUGACAGCAUCAGCAACUACUCAGCUUACAUAGAUACCAUUGAAGAUGCACUGAGAGCAUUGUCGUUGCUGUUGCCUGGCAGAUUUGAAGAUAGCGAUCUUUGCUCACAGGCAGUUCUGGCAGGAUUGAAUUUGGUGUCACUCUAUCAUACAAAUUUUUUGGUGCGAAAAUCAAAUCACCUCAAAUCAAAGAAUAGCAGCAAAGAUGACACUGUAGUGGAGUCAUUUAAUGCACAAUUCUCCAGAAACAACGGUUCAAAUUGGUCAAGCAAGACAGCGUCUUCGGUGCUGAGUGUAAUAGCGUAUACCGAAGUGCUGGUCGAGAUGUUGCUGAAUAGAAAAGUGUCAAAAAGCUCAAAAUGGAAGUUUAUUGCAAGUCUAGAGGGACUCAAAGGUAUACUACGACUUGUCAUCUUUUACGGCACAAGACGAAAGAUGAUUUUGCAUCCAACACACUUCAUCCGAAAUGUCGAUACGGUAUCAUUGGAAGUAGCAAAUGAUGAAAAGUUUGAGCUGACGUUCCUUGACCCUCGAACGGGCACUGCACUAUCAUCAACGCAAGCAGCUAUAGAGCAGAUUAACAGUAGUCGUAAUAGCCGUAUACGAGGAUGGGCUCAUUUGAGCGAAGUGUUGUGGAUUGUAAGACCUUUUGUGUAUGCUUGGAUGAUAUAUUGGCGACAGAAGCGUGCACAAAAGCAUGAUUUGAUCCGACUGAAAGCCAAAAUAGAGGACGAAAUAGAGGAGAGUGAGGAAGAGGCGGAUGGGAGCAUAGAAAAAGAUGAUGAAGGAUCAUGGAAACCAUGGCUCGUUUCUCUCAGCAUUGAUAUAGCAUCUCGCGUCGCUCGACAUAUGCAGCCCAUGUCGCCCUUGGAGCGCGAGGAGUCAAAGCGAAGGGAUUACUUGUUCAUUUACUACCUGUUUCGAGGGCCAUUAUAUCUGAAAUUUACAAGACUUGUCUUGGAUGCCUUUUGUGAUGCUACAGAGCAUAGACCGCUCAUAUCUAUUAUUACCGCCGCUAUCAAUGAUUAUCGACCAUUUUGGGAAGAUUCGUACUUUUACACUGCUGGUUCCUAA